AUGACUUCUGCCUUCAAGCUGGAUUUCCUCCCGGACAUGAUGGUCGAGGGCCGCCUGCUAGUUCCCGACAGAAUUAACGGCACAACCAACAAGAUGAACGGCGCUUUGGAUCACUCAGACCAACCAGACCCAGAUGCCAUUAAGAUGUUUGUCGGACAGAUCCCCCGGUCCUGGUCGGAAAAGGAGCUGAAAGAACUUUUUGAGCCUUACGGAGCCGUCUACCAGAUCAACGUCCUCCGGGACCGGAGUCAGAACCCUCCCCAGAGUAAAGGUUGUUGUUUCGUAACAUUUUAUACAAGAAAAGCUGCACUUGAGGCCCAGAAUGCACUGCACAAUAUUAAAACUUUACCUGGGAUGCAUCAUCCCAUUCAGAUGAAACCUGCAGAUAGUGAAAAGUCAAACGCUGUGGAAGACCGAAAAUUGUUCAUAGGAAUGGUUUCGAAGAAAUGUAAUGAGAAUGAUAUCAGGGUGAUGUUUUCUCCAUUUGGCCAGAUAGAAGAAUGCCGGAUUCUCCGGGGACCCGACGGGCUGAGUCGAGGCUGUGCGUUUGUCACAUUUUCUACAAGGGCAAUGGCACAGAAUGCAAUCAAAGCCAUGCAUCAGUCUCAGACCAUGGAGGGCUGCUCCUCACCCAUCGUAGUGAAGUUCGCCGAUACUCAGAAGGACAAGGAGCAGCGGCGCCUCCAGCAGCAGCUAGCUCAGCAGAUGCAGCAGCUCAACACUGCCACCUGGGGGAACCUGACGGGUCUGGGCGGACUCACCCCGCAGUACCUGGCCCUUCUGCAGCAAGCCACCUCCUCCAGCAACCUGGGUGCGUUCAGUGGCAUUCAGCAGAUGGCUGGCAUGAAUGCUCUGCAGUUACAGAACCUGGCAACGCUGGCGGCCGCUGCGGCCGCAGCCCAGACCUCAGCCACCACCACCAAUGCAAACCCUCUGUCCACCACGAGCAGCGCCCUGGGAGCCCUCACCAGUCCCGUGGCUGCUUCAACCCCCAACUCCACUGCUGGUGCAGCCAUGAAUUCUCUGACCUCCCUUGGGACGCUGCAAGGACUGGCGGGAGCCACUGUUGGGCUGAAUAAUAUUAACGCACUAGCAGUUGCUCAAAUGCUCUCAGGUAUGGCGGCUCUGAAUGGAGGACUUGGCGCCACGGGCUUGACGAAUGGCACGGCGGGCACCAUGGACGCCCUCACGCAGGCCUACUCAGGGAUUCAGCAGUACGCGGCCGCGGCACUGCCCACUCUGUACAGCCAGAGCUUGCUGCAACAGCAGAGCGCCGCGGGCAGCCAGAAGGAAGGUCCAGAGGGUGCAAACCUCUUUAUUUACCACCUUCCACAGGAGUUUGGAGACCAGGACAUUCUGCAGAUGUUCAUGCCUUUUGGAAAUGUUAUCUCUGCUAAAGUCUUCAUUGACAAACAGACCAAUCUGAGCAAGUGCUUUGGCUUUGUUAGCUACGACAAUCCUGUGUCCGCGCAAGCUGCUAUCCAGGCUAUGAAUGGCUUUCAGAUUGGCAUGAAACGCUUGAAGGUCCAGCUGAAGCGCUCCAAAAACGACAGCAAACCUUACUGAUCCUAACCCCAGAGGCUCCCUGCUCUUAUUUUAGCUUUCUUAGGACAUCUUCAUGCCCGUUAGUUCACCGUUUGCCUAGCAUGUCCCUGUGGCGUCUCAAAAAAAAAAAGUUUCAUCGUCCCGUCAUUGUUUCUGAUGUCUUUCUGACCUCACAUCACAUUUGGUUCUCCUACUGACCUUUGAUCUAGUUUGACCUUUGAAAUUUGCAUGUGACCUCAUCUAGCUAUGAAUUCUGGGAAGUCAAUGUGAAAAACAUUGCUGCAUUCAUGCAAGACUGAAAUUUAUUAUUAGACAAAUUAAUUAUAGAAAAAAACCUGUGGCAAAAACGUUUCUUUCUUAUUUUUUUUUUUCUUUUCAUAAAACAGACUUGAAAGUAUUAUACAGGGAUUGGCAUUCUUCCCGGUCACUGGUAACAAUAGCAAUAUGUGUCCAGGGACACAGAAUGUUGGUUUCUAACAGACUACUUCCAAAAACAGUUUGAGAAAAAAAACUGUCUGAUUUUAAGUCUCUAGAGGUCUGUAAUAGUUUUUACAUUUUUCAGGCAGUGUAAAGUUUUUUGAUAAGGCCAUUUUAGGUGGCUCACUUUCUCAUUAAGAUAUAUAUAUAGAACCACUUUUUGUAGAUUAGUAUAAGAAAAAUAUUUACCCUGUUUUGGGGCAAAUGCUACCUAUUUGUGUCACCUUUUGCUGAACUGACUCACAGUUAGACAAUCCAUGGUUUAAUGCACAUGAAAUUACCUAUAUUUUAUACUGUUUCAAUGUACAGGAGAAAGGUUACUGUAAACUGUGUUAUGUUGGUGCUUCUGUGAAUUAAGUUGUGGUUUCAAUCAUGAGUCUUAUGGUCUUAAUGUUCUCUGUUGAUAAGACAAGGUUAGAAUUGGUUUACUUAAAGAAUUUCAAAAAAAAAAAAAAGUUUGCUUAAAAAAAAAAUUUCAUGUGAGGGGGAAAAAAAAAAAAAAAAAACCUAUUCCAGAAUAAGUUUUGUGUUGGCUUGUAAAGCAUUGAUGUCAUUUUUUUUUAUUGUGGACUAUUUAGAUGUGUUUGUGUUCAGCAAAAUGUGAUUUUUUUUUCUUUUAAAGAAAAAAAGUGAAAAUAUAUAGUGCCAAAUUCCAAAGGUACUUCCUUCCUAGAGCUUCAGUGUGUUUCUUGUGAGAAGUAAUUUGAUAACAUGGGUAUUUUAUUAUGUGUUUUGUAUAAAUCCCUAAUAUUUAAAAAACAAAAAACAAAAAAAAAAGAGGUUAAAAAGUUUGUUAACUUGCUAUCCUGUGGUCUUGUUGCCUGAAAUUGUUAUUGUUUGUUAUUUCUCUAUGAUGUUUUUUGUAAGACAUUGUAUAAGUGCCCAUGUCUCACUUUUUUAACCGCUCUGCACAUCAAUGCUGUGAUGGCAACCUCACGAUGUAUUUCCUUCAUAAUAUAUGGAAACCUCUAAGGUGAGAAAGUUUUGAACUUCUAACCCUUUCUACCCAGAGCUGUCUGGAGCGUUGGUAACUUUUUAUAUACCCUUGUUAUUUCUGUUUGUUCCAGGGUGUUUCUAAUUUGGAUUCCCCACCCCUCCCCCCCAUACAUCUUUGAGUUUUGUCUUUCCUACUUUUUUUUACC